CGCUCUCUACCGCUGCUGCCUGCAGUCAGUCUCACCAUUGAACACGCCACGCGCAGGUUACUAUCACUAUCUAUAUGCCAGUCAACAACGUUUCAGCCGUCUUUUUCCUUUCACUCUGACUCAAAGUCCUCGGUUUCGUUUAAACACGUCGUUUAUACUGCCUCUUGCCGUGUUUAUUCAACAUAGGAGCUUUUUCCUGAUCUUUAUAAUCUGCUCUGGGUAAGAAAAGCGCGUUUGUUGUCCGUGUAAAGGCAGCCCAGUUUCUCAGCAAUGGCGACAGCUGCGGUAUCUGCCCCUGCUGGCGGCGGCCCGAACCCCGGAUCCGGUGCCGAGUUGGUCCGCGGUCAGGCUUUCGAUGUCGGGCCGCGCUACAGCAACCUCUCGUACAUUGGAGAAGGUGCAUACGGCAUGGUUUGCUCAGCGUAUGAUCGUGAUAAUAAAGUGCGUGUGGCGAUAAAGAAGAUCAGUCCAUUUGAGCACCAGACGUACUGUCAGCGCACACUCCGUGAGAUUAAAAUCCUGCUCCGCUUCAAGCACGAGAACAUCAUCGGCAUCAAUGACAUCAUCCGCACACCCACCAUCGACCAGAUGAAAGACGUCUACAUUGUACAGGAUCUGAUGGAGACAGACUUAUACAAGCUGUUGAAGACGCAGCACUUGAGCAAUGACCACAUCUGCUACUUCCUGUACCAGAUCUUGCGCGGUCUAAAGUACAUCCACUCGGCAAACGUUCUCCACCGAGACCUGAAGCCAUCUAACCUGUUGCUCAACACUACUUGCGACCUCAAGAUCUGUGAUUUUGGGCUCGCCCGGGUGGCCGAUCCAGACCAUGACCACACCGGCUUCCUGACGGAGUAUGUAGCCACACGUUGGUACCGCGCACCAGAGAUUAUGCUCAAUUCUAAGGGUUACACUAAGUCCAUUGAUAUAUGGUCGGUUGGUUGUAUUCUGGCUGAGAUGCUUUCGAACAGACCCAUCUUCCCUGGAAAACACUAUCUGGAUCAGCUUAACCACAUCUUAGGUAUUUUGGGCUCCCCCUCUCAGGAGGACCUCAACUGCAUCAUCAAUAUUAAGGCAAGGAAUUACCUGCUGUCACUUCCUCUCCGCUGCAAAGUGCCCUGGAACCGCCUGUUUCCUAACGCAGACCCUAAAGCGUUGGACCUGUUGGAUAAGAUGUUGACCUUUAACCCUCAUAAGAGGAUUGAGGUGGAGGAGGCACUUGCUCACCCAUACCUGGAACAGUACUAUGACCCCACAGAUGAGCCUGUUGCUGAGGCUCCGUUUAAGUUCGAAAUGGAGCUGGAUGACUUGCCCAAAGAGACUUUGAAAGAGCUCAUCUUUGAAGAAACUGCACGCUUUCAAACAGCCUUCAGACCAUAGCCUAUCUCUCAGGUAUUGGUCUGGAUUCAAUCAUGCUGAUGCUUCUGUCUCCACACCACUGUGCGCUGUGGUCCUCUUUUGGUCUUCAUCGACCAUCGUCAUCAUCAUCGUUAUCUCCUCCUUUUCCUGAACCCUAAAACCACAGACAGCCCUCUAAGUUCAUCUGACCCCUUCGGACUCCUGCGCCCUCCUGCUCUCCACCUCCUUUACUCUUUCAGUCUCAUUACAACUGAAGAAAAGUGUAGAACUUCUCUCACACUCUUCCUCUGCAUCACAUCGUUCUCUCUUCUUGCUUAUCUGUGUGAAAGUGUGCCUGCGUGUGUUCGAUUCCGAUUUAACCCUUUUUCUCUUGGUCCUCUGAUACACUUAAGUAAAAAGAAACGUCUAUGAUUGUGUUAGUGUUGUGCUUCUUUUUAGCCUCCUGUUAAUAUUUCCAACAAGCUGCUUUUCUAAGGUGUCUGUAAGCCAUUUUGAAGUCCCACAGAGGUCAAACAGGGAGAGAACCAGGGCUCAGAUCUCCUCUAUUCUUAUAUAUAUAUAUAUAUGCAGUGGACACACAUUUACCCACAUUGUGCAUCGCCAACCUCCUCAAAGUGCACAGAGCUCUAAAUUUGCCACGGUGCCAUUUUGAGGCUUUAAUAUAUUUUCUUAAAUGCAAAUAUGUAUUUACUAAUGACCCCUUAAAAUUGAUUAAAUGUUUCAUUCAUUUUUUUGUAUAUUUUAACUUUUCCAAUCCCCCUUGAUGUGCAAACAAACUUAAUUUGGAUGCGAUUAAUCACGAUUAAUAGUUUGACAGCAGUUUAUGAGAUAUAUAUAUAUAUAUAUCAUAAACCCUUAAACCCUUUUAGAACCCCUAGAAAAGAGGCUAAUCUGUUAAAUUUGCUUAAGCACCAAAGAAAAGGCCGCUUUGAAGAUGUUACGACACCACUUGUGUCCAAAAGUUGACCUAAGCACUCACAUUACCUGCAAAAAAGACAAGUUCUAUGCAGGUGAAUGUAUUUCCCAAAAUCCAGGUGUUUUUGAAUCUAAAGAUGUGUGUAGGUCCAUUUAGGAACUGGACUUUAUCGCUUAGCUAGGUUUAGAGGAACUUCUGUCACGGGACAAAGAACAAUCUUGAGUUUUUUUAACUGGUAAACUAAUCAAUGUUUGUUAUAAACGUACAGUGCCUGCUCAUCUGUAUUCAUUCAUUAUUAUUUUUUUUUGCAUAUUUCUUUCUCUUUUUGCUUUCCCUGUCCACCCCCAGCCGCCUUGUAUCAAUAAGACUGUGCCCUUGCAUGACUGUUAAAAAGCUUUCUAUACAAAGAAAAUGGAAGUGCCACACUGCUGGGGAUUCCACUAUUGGACUCUCAGGAUUUUGUUAUAACCUUUUGUGGUCUCAUAUUUCCUAUAUAGAGUAUUAUGAGUUCAAAAAGAAAAAAAAAAAACUCUUUAUUUUGCUUGUACAUUUUGGUUGCACUUCUUUCAAAAUUCAGGUUCGUUUCAGUGUUUGAAGAAAAAAUGACAAUAAUCAAGAUUAGCUUUUUAGAUGAACUAAAUCAGCCAGGUUUAAUUCCACUUGGAAAUUAGAAGUCUCUAGCCAUGCAAAUGCACCUUUUAUUAAUCCAUUUCAAUCAUAAGAUAUUUUCUGCUGGUGAAUGAAUAAUGUGGUGCGUCGAGACCCAGGAGAAAUGAAAGAGAAAGUCUACCUGGAACUGUACGUGCUAUAAUAAUGCAUACUUUUGUGCAAUUAGUGAGCGAGAUAGCACUUGAACGUUUGUGGAAAUGGAGCUCAGUCGACGUCUAAGAUAUUAAGUUAUUGAUACUGAUGUGUGCAUGGCUUCUGCGAAGUGUUUCUUUAUCACACUUGCUUCCUCUUUGGUUUACUAACUCCACGUUACUUUCGCCUGUAUAAGUAUCUGGCAAGGCGCCACCUAGUGGUGGUAUCAGAUGUUGGUUGAUCAAGGAGAGAAUGGACUAUUAUCUUAAAUACAUACAUAAAAAAAAAAAAAAAAAAAAAAAAAAAAGCAAAACUCUGUAAGAUAGCUUCUGCCGAAUCAGUGUGCAGCCUGUCUGUUUCUGUGUGCCUUUAUGCAUCACAAAUACAUUUAUCGUGCAGCGUUGUUUUGUUGGGGAUCAGUUGUGACUUUUUUGCGGUAUACUCUUGAAAUUAUAUAUAUAUAUAAAUUUAUAUAUAUAUUUAAAAAAACAGUGAAAACCAAAAAAAAAAAUCUCAAUUCUCUUUAUGUAAUUUUAAGUCCUAUUUGUCACAGCUUUUGUGAUUUUUGUGAUUCGUUUGAGGAAGUAUAAAGAAAAAUAAAUACGCCUUUUAUUUCUGCCCUACCUGGUUUGAUCCUGUUGCAUUUUGCCUUCAGUUCUUGAAAGUUUUGUGCGGAACUGUUUUUACUGUAAAAAUGAAUGUCUAGUGAUUUAUUAUUAAUCUUGUAAAAAAAUGUCUCUGUGUAUUAAUCUCCUUUUUGUUAGCAAUGGCCAAGUUUUGUUGUGAAUUUCACUUACAAUCUUCGAAACCCCCAGGUUUUGGACCCUUGGAUGCAAUUCAGAGGGUGUCAGUAAAGUCACUGGGGAAACUUGUGAUUACAAACAUUAUACAAAAAAAAAUAGAUUAAAAUCUUUUGAAUCUAUUGAAAAAAGUGGCAUUAUGUCUCAAAGGCUUGUUUUUACUGCUCAAAAAGACGGCCAACGUUCGUUACCGAUAUUGAUCUCUGCAUCUGCCAAGUCAUGUAACCUAGAAACAGCAGAAUAAAACAAAUUGUAUUAUA